AUGGAAAGCCUGGACUUCGAGAAGAAGGAAAAGCGGUACUGUAUCCGAGGAAAGCACGCUGCUAUCAUCUGUGCCGUCAUCGUAGUGACAGGUGUAGCUGUGGGACUUGGAGUUGGCUUAAGCUUGAAUUCUUCAUCCGAAAAGGAAACACCAUUACCAACUCCAUUACCCACAGAAGUGCCUGAUGAUCGCCCAUGCAAACCAUCUGAGAACACCAAUGGCGGCUGGAGCAAUUUCCGAUUACCUGACUACAUUCUUCCGUUCCAUUACGAUCUGCAUAUGGAGCCUGACCUCAACACGGACAUCUACACUGGGGACGUGUCUGUACAUCUGAAACUGACUCAGCCCAGUCAGCACCUGUGGCUCCACAUCCGGGACACUUUUGUCACUGUGAUGCCUUCACUACAGCGCAGCAGCCCGUCUGGUGUGACCUCUGUCAAGUUGAAGCAAUGCUUUGAAUACAAGCCGCAGGAGUACGUGGUUGUGGAAGCGGCUGAGCAGUUGAGCGUUACAGGGCCGGAUGAACACUACGUCCUCACUCUGCACUUCCAGGGCUGGUUAAAUGGCUCUCUGGUUGGCUUCUACAGGACCACGUAUCAGGAGAAUGGAGUUACCAAGAAAAUCGCUGCAACAGACCAUGAACCCACGGACGCUCGUAAAUCUUUUCCAUGUUUUGAUGAGCCCAACAAAAAGGCCACCUACACAAUCUCCAUCACCCAUGACAGUACAUAUAAAGCACUGUCCAACAUGCCUGUGGAGAAAACAGAAAAACUUUCAGAACAAAAGACUAAAACAUCCUUCAUGAAGUCAGUAAAGAUGAGCACUUAUCUGGUGUGUUUUGCGGUGCAUCAGUUCGAUUUUGUGGAGCGGACCUCGAAAAGAGGAAUACCGCUGCGGAUCUAUGCUCAGCCUUUGCAGAUCUCCACGGCUGCAUAUGCUGCAGAUGUCACACAGGUCAUAUUCGAUUACUUUGAGGAAUAUUUCGACAUGGAAUAUUCAAUACAAAAACUUGAUAAGAUAGCGAUCCCAGACUUUGGGACAGGAGCGAUGGAGAACUGGGGCUUGAUCACUUACAGAGAAACCAACCUGCUGUUCGAUGAGAAGGAGUCAUCCUCGGUCAACAAGCAGCGAGUGGCCAGUGUCAUUGCACACGAGCUUGUCCAUCAG